AUGUCGAGUGUUUCGUAUCAGAUAGCGAAUCUCCUGGAGAAAAUGACAUCCACUGAUAAAGACUUUCGGUUUAUGGCUACAAAUGAUUUAAUGUCAGAACUCCAGAAGGAUAGCAUCAAACUUGAUGAUGAUUCUGAACGGAGGGUUGUCAAGAUGCUGCUUCGUUUGCUUGAAGAUAAAAAUGGGGAAGUUCAAAACUUAGCUGUUAAGUGCUUGGGUCCCUUAGUCAACAAAGUGAAGGAGUAUCAAGUGGAGACCAUUGUGGACAACCUGUGUUCCAACAUGAUCUCUGAAAAAGAGCAGCUAAGAGAUAUCUCUAGUAUUGGAUUGAAAACGGUGAUAAGUGAACUCCCCCUCACGUCUAGUUCUCUUGCAUCUAAUGUCUGUCGUCGCAUUACUGGCAAACUCAGCAAUGCCAUUGAGAAGCAAGGGGAUGUGUCAGUGCAGCUUGAGGCCUUGGAUAUCUUAGCUGAUCUUCUAUCCAGAUUUGGUUCUUUACUUAUUCCGUUUCAUCAACAAAUUCUUCAUGCACUCCUGCCACAACUGUCCUCUCCCAGGCAGGCUGUACGCAAGCGAACUAUUGUGGCUUUGAGUCAUCUGGUCAUGUCGUGUAAUCAGAUUCUUUACACUACAUUGAUUGAUUUUCUUCUUGAGCAACUAUCGAAGAAUUCAUCAACAUCUACAACUCGAACUUACAUCCAAUGCAUAGCUUCUCUUUGCCGCCAAGCUGGCCAUCGCUUUGGUGAACACAUUGAACGUGUGAUGAACUUAUUGGUGAAGUACAGCCAGGAGGAAGAUGAUGAGUUGAGAGAGUAUUGCCUGCAAGCUUGUGAAGCAUUUGUGCAUCGUUGUCCUAAGGAAAUCACUCCCCAUAUUCAUCUGAUUGUGGACUUAUGUUUGAAGUAUAUAACCUAUGACCCCAAUUAUAAUUAUGAUGAUGACAAUGGAAUGAUGGAUGAUGAUGCGAUGGAAACAGAGGAGGACGAUGAUGACGAUAAUGACGAAUACUCUGAUGAUGAUGACAUGAGCUGGAAAGUGCGGCGGUCUGCUGCAAAAUGUUUGGAAGCCGUCAUAGCAACUCGGCACGAAAUGCUUGCAGAGUUUUAUAAGACUGUCAGCCCAGCUCUGAUUGCCCGCUUCAAAGAACGGGAAGAAAAUGUCAAGAGUGAUAUUUUCCAUGCCUAUGUGGCUCUUCUUAAGCAGACUAGACCUUCUGCAGUGAGCAUGGAUCCUGACAGCAUGGAGCAAGAAGAAGGCCCACUCUAUCUGUUGCAAGCUCAGGUGCCUUCCAUUGUCAAAGCGGUACAAUCUCAAAUGAAAGAGAAGAGCAUCAAGACCCGUCAAGAUUGUUUUGCUCUGCUGAAGGAGUUGACUGUGGUUUUACCAGGUGCUCUGUCCAACCACAUCUCUGCUCUUCUUCCUGGCAUCCAGUAUUCUUUAGGAGACAAGAACUCCAGUAGCAACAUGAAAAUUGAUACCUUGGCUUUCAUGAACUGCUUACUUACAACACAUUCACCGGAGACUUUCCAUAGCUUCAUGAACGUCCUUGUUCCUCCUAUCAUAACUGCAGUUGGUGAUUCCUUUUAUAAAAUUACUGGAGAAGCCCUGUUGGUCCUUCAGCAGUUGGUGAAGGUCAUUCGUCCUCUAGAGCCCAGAAGCAACUUUGACUUCUCUCCUUUUGUGAUUGAUCUGUAUCAGUGUACUGUGGUCCGCCUCAAGGCUGCUGACAUUGAUCAAGAAGUCAAAGAACGAGCAAUUUCUUGCAUGGGGCAAAUAAUUUGCAACCUAGGAGAUCACUUACAGGCUGAGCUGCCCACUUGUCUGCCAAUUUUCCUGGAUCGUCUGCGCAAUGAAAUUACAAGACUUACAACUGUAAAGGCCCUCACCAAGGUGGCUGCUUCCCCUUUGCAUAUUGAUCUUUCCCCUAUCAUUCUGGAUGCAGUUCCCGUCCUUGGUUCUUUCUUACGUAAAAAUCAGAGAGCUUUGAAACUCGCCACAUUAACAUUGCUUGACACAUUUGUCAAAAACUAUGGCUCAGCACUGAACAUCACUCUGUUAAAUGCUGUGAUAGUUGAAUUGCCUCCUCUUCUCAGCGAGGCCGAUUUGCAUAUUGCCCAGUUGACUCUACUUCUUUUGACAUCUAUUGCCCGACUUCAGCCUCAGGCGUUAUCAUUUGUUGCCAAUACUAUUUUGCCAGAGACACUGAACCUGGCCAAGUCACCACUUCUUCAAGGUGCUGCACUGUCUUCCAUGUUGGAGUUCUUCCAAGCUCUCGUCGCAGCCAACCUGCCGGGACUUGGUUACAGGGAUCUCCUGCAGUUAUUGAUGGCUCCUAUCUCUGUGGCAGUAGUUAGCCCCACAGUUGCUGCUACCCCAACUUUGCACAAGCAGGCUUUCCAUUCCCUUGCCAAAUGUGUCGCUGCACUUACAGUGACUUGGAAACCAGAGGCCAUAGUGGUUGUUGAACAGUUCUUAGCUGAUGUCAACAGUCAGCGAUCUGACUCUCAGCACAUUUUUGCUCUUCUUGUCAUUGGAGAGAUUGGUCGUCACAUUGACCUCUCUGACAUUCCACAUUUGAAACAAGUGAUUCUGAAUUCCUUUUCAUCUCCCUCUGAGGAGGUGAAGUCUGCUGCCAGUUAUGCUCUUGGAAGUGUAGCAUUGGGCAAUCUUCAGCAAUUCCUGCCAUUUGUGUUGCAAGAAAUUGAUGCCCAACCAAAGAGACAGUAUCUCUUGCUUCAUUCUCUAAAAGAAGUCAUUUCCUGCCAGUCAAGUUCAUAUGCUGGAGUACAACAACUGCAACCGUUUGUACCUGCUAUUUGGCAACAGCUGUUCAGGCACUGUGAGUGCGCUGAGGAAGGCACAAGGAAUGUUGUUGCAGAAUGUUUAGGCAAACUUACUCUCAUUGACCCAGAAAACCUAUUAAGGCGGCUUCAAGAGUCAUUAAAUUCUCCAUCUGCUCUCAUGAGAACAACUGUUGUGACAGCCGUCAAAUUCACUAUUUCCGACCAGCCGCAGGCUAUCGAUCCUUUGCUUCGGCAGUGCAUUGGACAAUUCCUGAGCACCCUUCAAGAUCCAGACCUCAACGUGCGGCGAGUGGCACUUGUAGCUUUCAAUUCGGCAGCUCACAACAAACCGUCCCUUGUGAGGGAUCUGUUGGAUACAGUUCUUCCUCAUCUUUACAGUGAGACUCAAGUUAGAAAAGAGCUCAUCCGUGAAGUGGAAAUGGGCCCAUUCAAACAUCGCGUGGAUGAUGGUUUGGACAUUCGCAAGGCUGCCUUUGAAUGCAUGUACACUUUGUUGGAUGCUUGCCUGGAGAGGCUGGAUGUGUUUGAAUUCUUGAACCACCUAGAGCACGGUCUCAAGGAUCACUAUGAUAUUAAAAUGCUCACCUACCUCAUGGUAGCCCGACUUGCCCAGCUCUGCCCCACAGCUGUUCUGCAGAGAUUGGAGAGACUAGUUGAGCCACUGAGAAACACUUGUACAAUGAAAGUGAACCCUAACUCAGUGAAGCAGGAGUUUGAGAAACAGGAUGAACUGAAGCGGUCAGCCUUGAGGGCUGUUGCUGCUCUCCUUACUAUUCAAGAUGCAGACAAAAACCCCAACCUUACAGAGUUUGUUACUCUUAUCAAAAGUACUCCAGAGCUUCAAAAUGUAUUUGAAACUAUUCAGAAGGAUAGUUCUGUUUCAAGUCAGGACUCAAAUCAAAUGGAUCUGAGUUAAUACUGUUGUGCUUCAUUGUGAUUUAAUGAUAAUUUGUCAGUAAACAACCAAAACUCUUGCUAUGAUAGCUCCACUUUCUGUAGAGUGACUGCAAGGUGAUGGCCAAUGAAUGUAUGUAGACUUUUAUACCUUCUGAUUCAAUUUUUCCAUCACCUUGUGUUGUAAGAUUGAAUUUAUUACUCUUGUAAGUUGACUGUGUGAUCUAUGUUCAUUUGGCUUCAGACUGUACUAUUAUCUUUAACUUUGAUGAUAUGGAAGUAUUCUUGGAUAGAAUUAUCACCUUUCCCAGGUUCUCAAAAGAAGGUGUUUUUCUUCCCGUUGGAAUGUUUCUGAUCAUUUUAGGUAUUCUAUGUGAUUAUAGAUUUUAAAUGUCAUGUUUUUUUCAUAAUUUAUAGAAACAUGUUAACUUUUUUUUCCAUGGUUGUUUUUUUCCUCUUUUUGUAAGAUAAAGUCAGAUUGAAAGAAAAUCCUAACUGAUUACAAACAAAUGCAACUAUCUCAGCCUAACCUUUACUGUUAAAAUUGUUUGUCAAACUCAGUAUCAAACUCAGUAUCUGGAAAUAAAUUAAUCCAUUUGAUAA